AUGUCUGAGGCCAAGUUCCGUCCCACUUCAGAAGCACCUGGGCAGCAAGAUGACUCAUCAGUUAAGGAGCUUGCAGCAAAAUCAUGUGGACGAGACUUUGUAUCCCGAGACACUGCUUACAUGCUGCAUGGGCACUAUGGCCCCUGUCAUUUCAGCUUCGGAAAACUGAGACAGGAGAUUCCCCAGGCUGAGAGGAUUCUGGAGAUUCAUGAUUUGAGCUCUGAACUUUUGGGAAGAGACCUGAAUGCCUGCUUCUCUCCACUACAGCUUCAGGGUGCUGUGAGGACCACACCAGAACCUGUAGAAGAGGGCGUAUACCCUUUCAGUGCUCAGUUGGGGGCUUCUGAGAGCCUUUCCAUUCCAGCCUCUCCUGGGGCUUUUGACAGCAGGGGCAGGUGGACCCCAGUCAUUGAUGCCAGCUGGAAGAUUCUCUUCUACAAUCUUAAAUUUACCAGAAACCUGGAGCAGCUGGACCUAAGUGGGAAUGCACUGAGCUUCACUGCAGUGCAGAGUCUUUGCCACACCCUGAAACACUCUGGCUGCCACCUAAGGACCUUGUGCAACCUAUGGUGGCUCCAGGGGAACAAACUUCCUGAGGAACUGGACAAAGGAGAGCUGAGGAACACAGAGGCAAAGUAAAGCACGAGAGAGAAAGCUCCAGGUCCAGGGAAUGCCAUCUCCCCACUUCCUCCUGCCCUCUGCCCUAGUGACCAGACUUCUACUCUUGAGCAUCUCCCAUGCAGGCUUGUCGACUGUGGCCUCACAUCCAGCUGCUGCACAGUCCUGGCCUCAGUGCUCAGUGCUGGAACCAGCCUGACUGAGCUGGACCUGCAGCUGAAUGACCUGGGUGACGAUGGCGUGAUGCUGCUAUGUGAGGGGCUCAGGAGUCCUGCCUGCAGCCUCAGCAUCCUGCGGCUAGACCAGGCCCCUCUCAGUGACCAGGUGAUUGCAGAGCUCAGGGUUCUGGGGGCAGAGAAGCCACAGCUGCUCAUCUCCAGCACAUGGAAGCCACGUGUGGUGGUUCCCACUAAGAACACAGAUGGAGAAGAAAUGGGUGAUGGCCUGACCUCACUCAAGCAGCAGAGACCACAGUCAGAGGAGGGACCCUCACAGCCUAAAUCCCUUAAGCUCUUCUACUCAUCCUCUCCAUCCUCCCUGGAAGAGAAGCCUGUGGAAAGUCUGGGGACUGAAGAUGACUUCUGGGGCCCUACAGGACCUGUGGCUACUGAGGUGGUUGACAGGGAGAGGAACCUAUACCGGGUUAAAUUUUCCAUGGCUGGUUCCUACCACAGUCCCAACAUAGGACUCCACUUUGUGGUGACAAGGGCAGUGACAAUCGAGAUUGGAUUCUGUGUAUGGAGCCAAUUCCUGGACAGGACUCCCAUGCAGCACAGUCACAUGGUGGCUGGGCCUCUGUUUGACAUCAAGGCUGAGCAGGAAGCUGUGUCUGCUGUGCACCUCCCUCAUUUUGUGUCUCUCCAAGAGGGACAGGUGGACAGCUCCUUGUUCUGUGUCGCCCACUUUCAAGAUUAUGGGAUGGUCCUGGAAACGCCAACAAGGGUGGAGCAGAGUUACACAGUGUUGGAGAACCCAAGCUUCUCCCCAGUGGGGGUUCUACUGAGAGUGAUCCCGGCCAUCCGGCAUCUCAUCCCCAUCACAUCCAUCACACUGAUCUACUAUUACCUCAUUCCUGAUGACGUCACCCUUCACCUUUACCUGGUCCCCAAUGACUGCACUAUUCGGAAGGCCGUUGAUGAUGAAGAAAUGAAGUUUCAGUUCGUGCGAAUAAACAAGCCGCCCCCACUAGACUCCCUUUAUAUUGGGUCCCGCUACAUCGUGUCUGGCUCCAAGAACCUGGACAUCAUCCCGAAGGAACUGGAGCUGUGCUACCGGAGCCCUGGGCAAGCCCAGCUCUUCUCUGAGAUCUCUGUUGGCCACAUGGAUUCAGAGAUUAAGAUGGAAAUCAGAGACAAGAAGCGUGAGAAGCUCAUAUGGGAGGCCCUGCUGAAGCCAGGUAAGGUCAGUUUGGGGGCAGAGACCUCAAAGGUGGAGAAAAUAGAAGAAAACCCUGAAGGAGCAAUUCUUUGCUCAGUGCCAGUCUCGCCUGCAUCCCCAGAUGCUGCUGCCUUGCUGCACUUUGUGGACCAGCAUCGGGAGCAGCUGGUGACUCCAGUGACAUCAGUGGACUCUGUCCUGGACAAGCUGUACGGUAGGGUGUUGCGUGAGGAGGAGUAUCAGGCCGUGCGGGCUGAGGCCACCAACCUGGACAAGAUGCGGAAGCUGUUCAGUUUCACCCAGUCCUGGAGCUGCGACUGCAAAGACCAACUCUACCAAGCUCUGAAGGAAACCCAUCCUCACCUGAUCAUGGACCUUCUUGAGAAGUCAGGCGGGGUCUCUGUGGGAUCCUGA